GCUUGUGUGAGGCGGCAUAGAAAUAUUUUGAUGCGUUUUCUGUGGGCUUAGUUGUGGGUUUUCCCUCUUAGUCUUGGAGGCUCGGUUUCGACCACAACAACAAAAACAUUAUCUAGCAGUGCAGAUUGAUAUCUGUCUUUGUUGCUCCCGAUUCAACCAGGUUUGCUCCUAUGUUACCAGAGCUGGCUGAGAUGGACCACCAUGAAAACCAUAUACAGUACAGGUUAAUGGGCUUAACGUUGCUAAAGCUUCUAAUAACAAAUGCAUGAUGUGAUAGGCUGCUUCCUGCAGACGACUUUCUUGAAAAGAAUGUAAUAAAUAGAUCUAAAUUACGGUUGUCUUCAUCUCUCAUUCCUCUACUGCUACACUAAUGGGGACCUCAGAUCCACUACUGGAUUUCCUGAUUGAAACUUAAAUUUUGCUCCUGAGAGAAACUGGAAGGUAAACAUUAGUUGCCAUGCGUAUCAGUUUCUGCCAGGGCCUGUUAACUGGCGCCAUCAUCCUCAACCUCCUCAUUCUCUACUAUGUGUCCCGGGCCCAGCAGCAAAUGAUGGAGAAGAGGAAAGAACUUGGCAGGGCUACAAGGAGGGCUGUCCUACCAGCCUCUGGUCUCGGGGGAGGCCUGGGGUUACUUGUAGGCGCUGGAGGUGAGCCGGGAGUGGUUGGAGUGGAGGGACACAGUCGUGCCCCACGUGUGACUGUUCUUCUUCGGGAGUUUGAAAACUUUGAGAAUUAUGUUGGGGAUGUGGCUAAUUCCUUCCUUCGUCAGAGACCUGAGCUUCCCUUUCUGGCUGUGGCUGACACGUCUCCGUACCCUCCUCUGGUGCUUCCAGAGGGGGCACGGCUUCUAGUGCUCUCCCCCAACCCAGACCAACCUCCACAAGCUCACAGGCCAGAGUUCCAUGUCCAGACAGAGUUUGUUCUGCUGGUGCCUGAUGGGGUGGAGCUUGAGCAACCUCGGGCUAUUGAGAGGCUGAUCAGGGAGUUGGAAGGUGAGGGGGGAGGGCCUGUGAGGCUGGUAGCUGCACCAGUGCUGGCUCGAUCGGCUGUGCAGUGUCUUCACCUGCGGGUGAACCUCAGAGAGUGGACAGCCACCUACACGCUGGCUGCAUCUGGAAGCAGCGGGAGUGUGUGUACGGCUUUACAGGGUGAUGCAGUUGUCCUAAUUCGUACUGAGGAUCUUUUUAACCUCUCUGUCCCUCUGGGGCGGCCCCUCUUCUCCUCGCUCUUUGUUCAGACUGCCUUAAGAGGUUGGAAGGUCAAGCUGCUGGAGAGCCCCUGUUUCUCUGCAAACCACAGGCCCCUCUUCAGCUCCGCUCACAACCAGUGGAAGGCCGACACUCGACUGAAGGACACCACCGGGAAGCUCAUGAGGAGCUUUGGUCUGAAACGUCUGCUGCUGCCUGAUGGGAAGGAACAGUGGUAUGGCUGCAGUAAAGAGACGCCUCGCUGCUUUGGCACUGUGCAGGAUGACACUCCAGACUACCUUUAUCUGGAUCGCUGGACACCUCCCUGCUGUCUGCGAGCUCUAAGGGAAACCACCAAGUAUGUUAUCAACAUCCUGGAGAGCUCAGGUGUGCGCUACUGGCUAGAGGGGGGGACUCUCUUGGGAGCUGUCCGCCAUCAAGACAUCAUCCCAUGGGAUUACGAUGUGGACCUGGGCAUCUACCUGGAAGAUGUACCCAACUGUGAUCACUUGAAGAACCUGGACUCAGGCUCUCUUGUGGAUGCUAACGGCUAUGUCUGGGAGCGCGCAGUGGAGGGAGACUUCUACAGAGUACAGUACAGCGAGGCCAACCACCUCCAUGUUGACCUGUGGCCAUUCUAUCCACGUAAUGGCGUCAUGACAAAGGACACAUGGACGGAGCACAAACAAGAUGUGGAGUUCCCAGAGCACUUCCUGCAGCCUCUGGUGCCCAUGCCCUUUGCUGGCAUCACUGCCUAUGGCCCUAACAACCACCGGGCAUUCUUGGAGCUCAAAUUUGGAGAAGGGGUAAUUGAGAACCCCCAGUAUCCCAACCCUUCAAAAAAGAGGCUGGAGAGAAGCAAAUUAUAGAGAUAAUAGAAACUCAUAAGCCUUUUUUUUAUGUCAUACUGUAUUUGUUUACUUAGCAAUACAUGUAACUCAGCUUUUUUUCAAAAAAAAAAACAGCCUGAAAGAUGAUACCUGGAAACUAAUACAGUGCCAAAAUUACUGCAUUUGCCAUUUACCACAACUAUAACAGUAGAAUACAGUAUAAGUAGUAGUAUGUCUGGUCAAAUUUUCUCCCCAUUAUCAGUAUUUAACUGUUUAGUCUAAUGUUGCCUUUUCAUUCUUUGUGAGUCGCAGGAUUUUGUUUGCAAACGGUAUGAACGCUUGAAAAUUUUAAAUCCAUUUACUAGUGCAUUGCAUUGACAUCAGGUAUACCUUAAAGAAAGACUGCUUUUACUACAUGGUGUACUAAAUCUGUAUGUGUUGUACAGUAAAGAAUAAAUAUGACUGCUGUAAACAUGAUAAAUAUUUUUAAAUGAAACUGAUUUUGGUUUCUUGUUGAAAGUUUCAGUUUACAUUAUCUUAAGCAGGGUUUAAGAUAUUGUACAGAAUUAUUUGUGUUAAAUAAGUGGCUUUGCCCUAACAGGUGUUUUAUACAUUUCUUGACUGUUGUAUUGUUUUGCACUGAUUCAGUUUUGCACAGUUAAUGAAUGAAUGUUAUAUAUAUUGAUGUUUGGUACCCUCUACAACUAGAGUGUGGUUUGUAAAAUUUCAGUAUGGUGAAAUGAAACCCACUCAUUCAUCCUGUUAUUGUCGGCAUGAAGAUGAAGUGUUGCUUUAUCAGGCCUUAGCAGUCUGUUAAAAACAUACAAAUAUGGCUGAAGUUGUAAAUGAAUAUUAACCCUUUGCUCAGUUAUGCGUGUUAUAACUGAGCAUUGAUUAUGUAUUGACUGAAAUGGAAUUUCAAUUCAGAUUAUUUGAAGAAAACAUUUUAAAACACACCAGUUCCCUGCGGAUACCACAUGAUUCCUGUAGUGUUGUUACUUGUGUGAGAUGUAUCGAGGUACCGCUCCAUUUCAUUUACUGGUAAAAUAAAAGAA